AUGUCUGACCAGAAGGGCGCCAUACAGCCUCAGGCCGAUUAUCAAGAUGUUCUAAACAACCCCCUUUCCGUUGUUCCCCAGUCCACAGUCAAAAUUACGUCUCAGGACCCUAACAAAUCAAUCCCCACUCAACCACCAACCCGUUCAGCUCACCUCACGGUCGACCUGAACUUCAGCACUGCUUUGAAUAGCUUCGGCUCCAGUUCUCUCACAACCGCCAACAUUUCAGGCCAAGACUUCCCAGUCUUCACCACGGAUCCCCAGUCACCAUGGCUUCCCUCCACCAAUUCCAGCCUGCCGGCCCAUCCCGCGCAACAGUUACAGAGUCCCGAAACACCACAACAGGACUUUGUCUUGUUCGAUCAGCCCCCUAAUCGGUCUACAACAACAUCGCUGCCAAACCAGCGUCGUCACUCGUCUCAUCUGCAAAACCGUCAUCAACAGCCCGUUUCCCCCGCUGUUCAGAAUCAACGAGUAGCCCAGUUGCUCCAGACUUUUGGUCGUUCUCCGUCUACUGUAAACAACCGUCCUACGAACCAGUUCUACGCCUCUUCGGCCCCUUCGUCAUCAACCGCAUUGAACAAGCAGAACCGUGCUGCUCGACCCCCAGUACCUCUCUUUUCCCAGAGUACAGGUAGCGUCCCGCAACAAACCGCCAAGAUGAUGAACGCUGCAGGUUUGUACCCCAUUGAAACAUUUGAUAGCCCCACAAGCUCACCAUCAUCAGACGUCGAACUCGAAGAGUUCACUGCCUUCGAGGGCGGGGCCCACACGGCCUUCUCUUCGCCUGCCGUCGCCUCUGUCUUUGAUUUCAGCGGCAGUGCGUCUAGCUCCAUUGCCAACAUGGCGACAAUCUCGCCACAGGAUCUUCUGUUCCAAGAACCUUUCAUGUCUGCUCCCAACUCGUCAGCCCUCACGGCUUUGACUUCUCCAUCUAUCUACAAUGAGUCUCCGGACUUCACUGAUAUGUAUGAUGUGUCUCCUAACUUUGGCAACGCCGAGUUUGACAACCCUGGUGGAGAGUGGUUCUCUCUCUUCCCCACGGAAGCUUCUGCUGCUCCUGCGCAGCAGAGCGUUGAGACUUCUCCUGAGACCAAGUCUGAGGAGUUGGAUUCUGAUGCUCAGUCUCCUCCUACGAACCGACGCAAGUCGGGUACAUCCCCUUCCACCCGCCACUCCUCUGUGGCCGGUGUUAACGCUCGCAAGCGAGACAAGCCUCUGCCUCCCAUCAUCAUCGACGAUCCUAGCGAUGUCGUUGCCAUGAAGCGUGCUCGCAACACUCUUGCAGCACGAAAGUCUCGAGAGCGCAAGGCUAUGAAGCUGGAUGAAUUGGAAGAGAAGAUUGCUAAGUUGGAAGCAGAGCGUGAUCACUGGAAGGAAAUCGCUCUCCGGCAAUCGGGUAUGCAAUAA